GCGCUGCUGUUUGGCAUUCCCUGGACUAUAGCAGGAUGUACAGACAAUGAUGGAAGGAGAAAGUUCCAUGAGUUUUACUUUAAUCUUCUGGACAACAAGAAUUUGGAUUUCCCGAUACCAGAAGAAAUUAAAAAGCUGGAAGUCAUGUUUCCCCCUGAAAACACAGUUUAUGACUAU